ACUGCCAGCACUGCCUAGACAAAGACACCUGACCAAGCUCUGGUAGGCAGAGAAAAUGUCUACUCGCUACCACCAAGCAGCAAGUGACAGCUACCUGGAACUUCUGAAGGAGGCCACCAAGCGUGAUCUGAAUCUCUCCGAUGAAGAUGGCAUGACGCCCACUCUCCUGGCAGCCUACCAUGGCAACCUUGAGGCCCUAGAAAUAAUCUGCAGCAGAGGUGGAGACCCUGAUAAGUGUGACAUCUGGGGAAACACUCCUCUACAUUAUGCAGCCUCCAAUGGCCACACCCACUGCAUCUCAUUCCUAGUCAACUUUGGUGCCAACAUCUUUGCCCUGGAUAAUGACUUGAAGUCUCCACUGGAUGCUGCUGCCGGCAGGGAGCAGAAAGAAUGUGUUGCUCUCCUGGAUAAGGCUGCCACAGUACAGAACACCACGAACCCCAGGAAGGUCACAAGACUGAAAGAGCAGGCUCUGAAGAAUGCCAGGAGACAGAUGAAAGAGUGUGAGCGACUUCAAGAGAAGCACCAAGACAAGAUGGCACGCACCUAUAGCAAGGAGGACUCUGGGACUAUUUCUUCUUCCCGUGGUACCUUCUCCAGGUCAUCCCUUUCAAACGCUUCUGCUGGUGGAUUUGGGUCACUGUCUAAAGGCAUUAAAGACACCUUCAAGAUAAAAUUUAAGAAGAACAAAGACACAGCAGAGCAGGUGGGGAAGGAUGGCAGAAAUGGGCAGAGGCCGGUGAUGGAAGUAUUCAGAGAGGAGGACGAGGGCUCAUUUUCAGAGGAGUUCAAAGAGAAGCUCCAUUUCUCUGCAGAGGAGGCAAGUGAUACACAGCACGAGUCUAUUCUCAACCGUCCAGGUCUAGGAAGUAUUGUUUUCAGAAGGAACAGAGUAUUGGAUCUUGAGGACAUCUCAGACAGCAAGAGGCAGUUGGGGCUUAAAAUGCCCAGUGAGUUUUUCCAAAGACAAGGAGCAGCAGCAGUUGAUGAAGAGGAGGAGGAGGAGGAGGAGGAGGAGACAGAGGUGAAUAGCACUGUGGGUGAUCUUCCUUGGGAUGAGGAAGAAGUAGAAUGGGAGGAAGAUGCAGCCGACGCCACUCCGCUAGAAGUGUUCUUGCGGUCUCAGCACCUGGAGGAAUUCCUUCCCAUUUUCAUGCGAGAGCAGAUUGAUCUAGAAGCUCUGCUGCUUUGCUCUGAUGAAGACCUUCAGAAUAUCCACAUGCAGCUGGGCCCCAGAAAGAAAGUCCUUAAUGCCAUAGACAAAAGGAAGCAGGUGCUUUGUCAGCCUGGGCAGCUGGUCGACACCAGCCUCUGAUGGAGGGCAUUGGUUAACAGGGUGGCCUGAGCGUGGGAGUCAUGCUCAGUUCCCCUGGAAGUGCCAUACAAGGAACCCUGACAGACCACUGGGCAUAGGUGUUAGGGUUUUAAAGGCCC